AUCAGAGGAAAGCUAACGACCUACUCUUUCUAAAUAUGGUAAAAGUAAACGGUUAAACCAGAUAGUCUGCGCGAAUAACGCGCUGAAGUUGGAUAAACUCUUUGGCGUAUCGCUGUAAAAUUAAUGACGUAAUUUUAAACUGAGGAUAAUUAUUCAUCGCAAAACCAGCUAUAUUUAGUCAUUUCCGCCAAUGUCAUUAUAUAAAGAAAUCUUUUGGCAGCUGGCUCAUUAUUUUGAAAGCAUUUGGCGACGUGUACGCAUCUUGAGAUAUUCGAGUCGAAACAUAUAUUGUGCCUUCUCUAUUUUAGAAGCGUUGCAUCUAUAACUUAUAAGGUAUGUAGCUAUAUUUUACUGGUUAAAAAUAAAUAUAAUAUGUUACUAAUCUAUACUCGUUUGAAUACUAGUUAGUAUUAAUAUAAAUAUAUGGACAGUGCUUCUGAGAAGAUAUAAAAUCAUGCGUAUACUUCAAACUUGAACUAAAAAUGUGUAUGAUAAUCUGUCGUGCUCUGUGUCUGAACUGCAUGAAAAGACCGAAAACAUUGAAUGUUUCGAGUUUCCGUUGUCAGAACGGUUAUCAUGCGAGUUUUUUUUUGCCCGCUUGCUCAUGCAGUGACAAAUAGUCAACAGCCUUCGUUUGGAAUAUGAAAGAGGGCAAAUCUUUUUCGGGCAGUUCAGACACAAGCAACGACAACUCACAUUGUGAAAAUAUUACGACUUAACUGUCAGUUUUCCCUAAAAUAUAUUUGUGAAUGAUUGAUUGCAGUGUCAUGUUAAAGAUUUUUCUUGCUUGGUUAGUUUACACGAAGAGUAGCUAUAUGAUAGAAAAAAUUGCAAAAUAACAAGCAACAGAUGUUAUUUUACAUAUAUGUAUAUAUAUAUAUAUAUAUAUAUAUAUAUAUAUAUAUAUAUAUAUAUAUAUAUGUAUUUAUAAUUAGAAUUGGUAUCAUGGCUCGUCUCAUAUCUAUGGUUUCGUGGGAUCAUUCUAACGCGUAUUCUAUUCUAUAUAUAUCUACAUAUUCCCCGUGGCGUUCCACAGGGUAAAAAUGCAUUGCCAUUGCCAAUUUACAAAAAGUACAACGAAUACCAAAUUGCUCUGGCUUUGACAGAAUAUAGCACUAAGAUACGAUUAGAGUAUAGCUUUCUAAUUGCAUGAACAACAUAAGAAUUAAAUUUUAAGCUGUAUGAUCUGCAUGAUAUAUCGGUAUUAUUGAUUGCACAGUACCAAUAUUAAAAUUCCUGUAUUUCAUAUACGGUUACAUUAAUUCUUCAGAGUAAACUACUAAAGACGAAAGCAUUAGAAUUUAGCCUUAGGAAAAAGAUAAUAUAGCUGAGAAGUGAGAAUUUAAAUUAAAACCUACGCAUCUACACGAUAUAUCUCAAUAAGAUAAUAUUAUUGAUUUAUUGUAACAGUAUACACAUAAUUCGUGUGGCGUUCUGUUUAGAAAUCCAUAUAUUUUUAGGUAUUCAUUUUUUAAAGGGUAUAUACUAAAACAACAAAACUAAAAGUGAAAAUUUUCAGGCCUGAAAUGUUUUCCUAAGAUAUUGUUGUCGUCAGCUGAACUUAUAUAUGAAUAUUAAUGAUGAGUAUAUUGCGUUCUUGCCGUCAUUCAUUGAUAUUUGAAUCAGGCAUUGUUGUUUAAAUUAGGUUUUCUCGCCCACAGCGAAAUGCAAAUCUAAGACUAAGAGAGCAUAUAUAUAUAUAUAUAUAUAUAUAUAUAUAUAUAUAUAUAUAUAUAUAUAUAUAUAUAUAUAUAUAUAUAUAUAUAUAUAUAUAUAUACACACACACACAUAUAACUUUCUCCAAGAUUAACGGUUUUACCUCAUGUCUAUAUAUAACAAAAUGGCUAAGCAAAAUGGUUAUAAUGUAUAUACGUAAUCCAGUUUUUGCAUGUAACCGAGCUGAAAUUAUAGAAUCACACAAAUGUAUAUAGUUGCAAGAUUUCAAGACAUUUGGACUACAGUAGUUUAAACCAGCCGGUCCAGCCCUAAGGGGAUAUUGGUGGUAGCGUAGGACAUUACGGUUAUAAGUUAUAAGUUAUACAGGGUGUCCCAAAAAACCCAAAACUAUUGAAAUAACGUAUUGUUAGAAUUUGAAUGCCUCAGCACUCUGCUGAACCUACAAGUGCAUAAAAGCUUGACAUAAGUAAAUUUUAUACAUAAAGAAACUGUUUAAGAAGCUGCUUUAAAUUCCCAAGAGCACAAAAUCGUGCGCUUUACAAAGAUACUUUAAUUUCUUAAUAAGUCAAUAUUUAUAAUAUAUGCACCCUGUCAAUAUUUUACGCAUCUUUGCGUCCAGCUUAGAGCUAGGGCAUUCAAAUUCUAAUAAUACGUUAUUUCAAUAGCUUUGGUUUUUUUUGGGACACCCUGUAUACUGUAUACCAAAGUUUCUGUGAUCACAGUAGGAAUUUUGCAUAGGUUACUGAAGGAUUUGUAAGAAUUGUUUGAGGGAAGUGAGUGAGUUGACUCAUGCAUGUAGUGAUCUAUUGUCUAUUGAGCAGCAUAAUUGUAGAUAAUACAUACUACAUGUAAACACAUUAUUUUAGUGACGUUUUUUUCAUAAUUGCGAGAAAAAUGCUGGCUAGUACAACGCACAUUGAACGAGCAUCUGGAUUGAAAAUUAUGGCAACACAUUAGUCAUGUCUAUUUUUAACUAUGAUCUGUCCUAUAUACAAUGUACACUCGACUAAUUCACCGUAUUUGGCUCGCGGUCUGAUAAAACUUUACACCGGGGUGAACAUGAUAAGGAAGUCCCACUUUUACAUUAGAAAAGGAGGGGUGGUAAUUGGGUCCCUCUCUGGCUAGAUCCCUUGGCAGACACCAGGGAUCUGAAGUAUGUAUACUUGAAACAUAACUAAGUGGUACACUCUCAUGGCAUUCUUCCUGGUUACAUGGUCAGAUCAGUCCGAUAAUUUGAUGGAAAAGAGAGAUGUGGUCAAAGUUUUUGCCAAAUAGACAAUUCCCAUUAUAGACUAAUUUUAAAACUAGGCAAAGAGAUGCAAAUAAAUCACAACAGCUAGAAAGAACAUACAAAAAUGAGUAAAAUUGCAAUGUUUGGUUGCGAAAUGUUGUAAAAUGCGGAAAAUAUAACCUUGCAAAUUUUGUAUACUUUUGUGUUGCGUGCGGAAAUUGUUACCAUUUUCAGCCCAAAUGUGGUAUGGGUAGCAAUUUCCGCACGCAAUACAAAAGUAUACAAAAUUUGAAAACUUUGCAAGGCUAUAUUUUCCGCAUUUUUCAACAUUUCGCAACCAAACUUUGCAAUUUUACUCAUUUUAGUAUGCUCCUUCAGGGAAUAUACUUUUUUUGCCAAGAUAAAAAUUAGUCUAUAAUGGGAAUUGUCUAUAUUGAAUAUUGAAUAAACGCAACCAUUGGGUUAAAUUUUAUUCUGCUCAAAAGAACGCAUGUACACUACACAUUGUUUCAAAUAUCCGAAUAAAAACAGCGAAAAUGUCAUCAGGUCUUUGGAAUGCUAGGAUUUGGGACACCUCACACGAUAAUGUAGAAAAAUUCAUUCGGCGAAUUUUCCAUCUACAGCCCCCUCUGAAACACUAGCCCUAUAUUGCUGUAGUUUCAUCUCAUUGUAUUCCCACGACUUCUUGUCAAAAUGCUUUCCGGGGCACAUGUGACAUGUGAAGUGCUAUACACGAGAAGCCCUCAAAAACCACUUUCGAUAUUGUCAUAUACUUUCACUUCAAUGUACGUUUUGUUAUUGUUUCAAAGAAUUCAUGCAUAUUGUAUUAUACGGAACAGGAGUUUCAAUAUUAAUUAGUGGAUGUUUAAAGGAACUGCAUGUAUAAGUCUGUUAGUUAGUUUUAUUUUGAACUAUAGUAGUAUUUCUGUUUCACUUUGAACUGAAAGUACAAUGUACAUAGCCAGGAUAUAAUAUAAUAUAAAGUAAAUUUUAUUACACAUUACAUAUAUUGGUCAUGUUUCGAAUCUGAGUCCUAAUGACUUUCGUUAGUUACUUGUCAGCUGUCGGUAAAGAUAACACUUUCAAAUUGAUGUUAAACUGCUGUGUCAUCGCGCUUUCUGUGCAGUCAUUGUUUAUCAGAUAUCAGGAAUAUAAUCUGUGUCAGUGUAUAGGUAUUGCCAUUAAUAAGAACGCUUUGUUUUGAUAGGGAUACAACUACCUGAUAAAUAUAAGGAAAACGUCGACGUUUCAAGCGAAGCCACUUCGUCGAAUGGCUCUUCGAUCGAAACGUCGAAGUUCUCCUUGUAUUUUUCAGGUAGUUGUAUCCCUAUCAAUCCGAAGAUAUCAGUAAACAUAUUCUGUCAUGUUUGUGAUGUUACUCUCAGUGUAUAUCCACACCGGGCAAGCUUGAAAAAUAUGCCUGGCCACGGUGGGAAUCGAACCUAUACCGCCUAUACGACCUUUGGAAUACUAGCCCAAUGCUCUGCCAACUGAGCCGAAGCGGUCAGAUCGGUUCGAGUAUGUGAUAUUUCGGAACUGAGUCUAGCUCCUUCGAUAUCAAUGCAAUCUAGUAAUCAUGUUUUUUUGUGCGUUGGUGUUAUUUUUCAAGCUUGCCCGGUGUGGAUAUACACUCAGAGUAACAUCACAAACAUCAUAUUCACCUGAGUACAUAAUAUCAUCAACACAGAAAAAUCGUAUUCUGUCAGUCAAAAACACAGCAAAAUGUAAGCAAUCAGCCUUAAUAAGCACGUUCGGACUCUUUUAAUACAGUAUAUUCUGUUUAAUUUGUAUCUCAACAAGUUUUUUUGUGUUAUUUAGAUCAAUCCACCUAUGACUUCGUCAAAACCAAAGCGGGUCAAGCUUACCAUAGUGGGUGAUGGAUCGACGGGAAAGACAUGUCUACUCAUGGUCUUUAAAGACGAAAAAUUCCCUUCAGAAUACGUGCCGACUGUAUUUGAGAAUUACGUGAAGUACCUAACAUAUGAAACCAAGCCAAUUGAAUUGGUACUCUGGGAUACCGCUGGCCAGGAGGAUUACGACAGCAUACGGCCAUUGUCCUACCCUGACACGGAUGUGAUAUUGUUGUGUUACUCCAUGGACAUACGCGAAAGUUUCGAUAACAUUUUAACCAAAUGGCACACCGAAUUGAAAUGGUACUGUCCCAAAGUUCCUGUCAUAUUAACGGGCUUGAAAAAGGACUUGCGCACAGAGGCAGUUCGUUAUUCGGACAUUCAAAAUGGGAAUGAGACGGAUUUUAUUUCGUCUGAAGAAGGGAAGAAAAUGGCGGAACAGAUAGGAGCAGCUGAUUUUUUGGAGUGCUCGUCAUUGAAACGAGAAGGCGUGAAUGAGGUCUUUGACAGCGCCAUUAGAGCCACACUCAAGUGCAGGAAAAAGAUGAAAUAUCGUCUGAGAAAAUACGUCUGCUUUAUUCCGGUCUAAAACCGGUUUGGCAAACCUGAAAAACUCGGUUGUUCUUGUUUUUUGAAUGAGUAUAGCUGCAUGUGAUUCGGUCCCAGAGCUAUUAAUACUUUGUAUAAUGAGCAACAUCUAACAUGUUUUAAUGUUAAUAAGAACAGCUGAAAUCCGAGACUGUUUGUUAAUUUUGCGUUGAUGAAAGUGUGUGAUACAAUGUGAAUGAUAGUCGAAACGUCUUUCAAAGACACCAAGAGGUUGCUCCAAACAAUGUAUCUUCAUUUGAAUGUAUUUAUAUAGUUAUAUUAUAGUAGAUGUAUACGAUUACGAUAUAACAUUUAUAGUGUAAAUAUGAUAGAGUUAAAUUAAAUAUAAAUUCUUAAAUUAUAAUUUCUG